CAUAAGUUUUCUUUCCUUUGAGAAACUAACGUUACAAAUGUUGAUUCUAGUGGCAUAAUAAAAAUUAUUAGUUCCGGUUUCUACCGCUACUUCUUUCGUCGCGAUAUGUUGGUGGCCUUGGUGACAGGAUUGAUUGACAGGCAUAUUCACAUAUCAAAACAAAAAAAGAGUUGGACUUUGUUUAAAUUGUCACGAAAUUGAUGACAAAUUGUUGAAUUUGAUCAACUGCAAAAUGAUAUAAAACCGAUAAAGUGCAAACUCAGCAAUAAAUGACGAUUUUUAAACGAAAUUCGAAUUCAAUGUUUUAGUGUGGAACGAAAAAAUAAAAUGUUUUGUUUGAUGUUGAAAACUCAUAACUGUAGCAAUUGUUUCAGUUAUGUUUUCUCUAUAAAAAGAACCCACGAAACAUGGAACUGAAAUACGCAAGCUAUUCGGCGGUGUUAUUGUGUUUGUUAAUUAAUGCCUUCGGUUUGUUUUGGUUUUGCGUCACUGUACUAUCAUUGAUUGGAUUUUUGCUAGGAAUCCUAUCGGUCGUAUAUUUACAUCAUGGAAAUGUUGACGAAUUUUUGCAGAAGAAUAUCCAAGACAAUCCACUGGAUGACAUCAAACCACUCGGGCUACACUUAGAUAACAAAGAACAGCCGCAUCAUCCGGAUAAACGGUGGAAACCAUUCGACAGCAUUAAAAUUUACACCGAUAAAAUUAAGGGACAUGACGAUCAUCACAAAGGUAACAUUAGCAUAGGAGAAGAAUGUGGCUACCCAGUGGUAUCAGUUCCGACAAUUGUCGUCAAACAGCCCCAAUUCAAUGACGCAAAUCUGUUGGAUGAACACGGCUCUCCGAAACGGAAAGUCAAAGCGAUGUUGAGUGGUAAUAAGUCUGUCGAUCAGUUGUUGCACACGAUAAUCGAUUGCAUCUUGCGAGGUGAGAAUUUGCGUUUGCGAUUCGGUUCCAUAAAAAAUCUAUCGACUAUUGCAUUGGAACUGGGAGAAGAUAGAGCCCGUACCGAGUUGAUUCCUCGUUUAACGAUAAUCACCUACGAUGAGGACGAAGAUUUACUGUCUUUGGCUGAACAAUUGGGAACAUUCACAGAUCUUAUUGGUGGACCUGAUUACGCUAUGUAUUUGAUUCCACCUUUGAUGAGUUUAGCCACUGUUGCAAAAUUUGUUGUACGGGACAAGGCCGUUGAAUCGCUUUGCAUUGUUGCCGCUCAACAUAGUGCGGCCGAUUUAGAGACCCAUUUCAUUCCAACUCUGCGGACCCUUGCCUCCGGAGACAGUUAUGCUUCACGAACCUCUGCGUGUGCACUUUUUUCGGUUUGUUAUCCGCGCGUUUCGUUGGCAGUCAAAGCAGAACUACGAGAAAUUUUCCGGCAACUGUGCAAGGACGAUACGCUGAUGGUUCGUCAUGCUGCUUCGAAGAAACUUGGAGAAUUUUCUGAAGUCGUUGGGUUAGAAUUCCUAAAAUCGGAUAUCAUACCGUUGUUCGUUCAGAUAGCCCAAGACAAUCAGGACUCUGUUCGUUUGGUAGCUGUUGAAGCUUGCGUAAUCAUCGCCCAACUAUUGAGACAGGAAGAUGUCAAAUAUUUAGUUAUGCCCACAUUACGUAAUAGUCUGCAUGAUUCGUCGUGGCGUGUACGUUUCAUGUAUGCUGAUAAAUUGACGGAUCUACAGAAGGCCGUCGGACCGGAAAUAACAAACUCUGAUUUGGUACCAGCUCUUCAAUAUCUUCUCCGAGACGAAAAGGCUGAGGUACGUGCGUCAGCUGCGACAAAAAUAAAGGAGUUUUGUAAACAACUAUUCGUCGCCGGAGACACAGCCAAUCAGGUGUCCAUCACGUCAAUUUUGCCAUUUGUCAAGGAAUUGGUCUUUGAUAUCGAUCCGCAUGUCAAAUCGGCAUUGGCUUCUGUCAUUAUGGGUUUGAGUCCCAUUCUAGGACCACAUAAUACGAUCGUGCAUUUGUUGCCGUUGUUUUUGAUUCAGUUGAAAGAUGAGUGUCUUGAGGUUCGACUGAACAUCAUUUCGAAUUUGGUCUGUGUUAACGAAGUGAUUUUAAUCGAUCAGUUGUCACAGUCACUCCUUGAUUCAAUCGAGAAAUUAGCCAAAGCCACCGAAUGGCGAGUUCGUUUAGCAGUUAUUGAAUACAUCCCCGCUUUAGCUGAGAAAUUGGGACAAGACUUUUUCGAUCAAAAGCUACGUGGGCUAUGUUUUCAAUGGUUAAAAGAUGAUCUGCGGUCGAUAAGAGAGCGUGCUAUUUUGACGAUAACGAAAUUAGUUCAAAUGUUCGGCUUAGCCUGGGCCGAACAGGCGAUUAUUCCCCAAGUACUGUUGAUGUCAAGCAGCAAAAACUACAUCUACAGAUGGACUUGCCUGCUAACUAUCAAUGCAAUCGUAAAUUUCUGUGAUAGCGAAACAACAACAAAAAUGAUUUUACCAAAAGUGUUGCUACUUAGUGCUGAUCCUGUAGAAUUAAUACGUUUUCACGUAGUGAAAACCCUACAGAAAAUUAGUCAUUUAAUUGAUCCGAUGAUUUUGCGGCGGGAAAUCGAACCGGUAAUGGACAAACUGAAAAACUUUGUCACUCAAAACGCUGAAGUGAAACCACCAUUGCCGCCAAAGUCAAUUUCCAAAAUCGUGAAAGCAACAAGCAUGGAAUUGGAGACAGUUAAUCAAAAAUACACGAGAGUGACGGAGACAUAUGAGACAAGAAUAACACGAUUGGAACGACACAAUCAAAGGUUGGAACAAGAAAACCGAAAAUUAAAAUCUCAAAUUGUGGACAUGAAGGCAGAUUUAGAAGAAGUAAAAAAGUGGUUCGUGCAGGAACAGAAAAAUGAAGAAGAAGAAGAACAAGCUAACGGUAGUACCAGAGGAUAUUAGCUUAAGUUAGAUUAAGUUAGUUUAGUUAGUGUAAAAAUAAUUUAGUUUAAGUAAGGUGAAACCUAUUGUGGCUUGAAAUGCCAAAUCAGCGAAACAUGCCGUCAGAACAGUUGGAGCGUUUGCUGCGACUGAGCCCCGUACGACCCGUAAACCUAUUACGUACGUGAUCCUAGCGCGUCCGUAACCCUAAUUCGUCAGUGACCCCAAUCCUUCCGUAGUCCUAAUACGUCAGUUACCCUAAUACUUCCAUCAUCUUAUUACGUCUGUACUUAAAAUUAUUGUCCACCUAGCCCAAGUGCAACAUGUUUACGGCGUAAUUUUAGGAACGAAAUAGCGGAUGAAUUUCACUUCAUUUUUAUCAAUUUUAAUA